AUGCUUGCCGAUAUUGAACGCCAUGUUGACCAACUUCAAAAAUUAAUUGUCAGCGAUGAUCAACCAGCUAUUGAAGCUCGAUCUGGAUCGAUUGCUUAUACGAUCAAUUUUGAUACUAAUUUUGUGGAUAGUCCUGCAUUCCAUUUUGUGGUGAGCAAGUAUAUCCAGGAAGCGACCAUUCAAUCGCAUUUGAAUGAUUUGUUAUUACGAGGUAACGAAUUUGCAACGUUAUUAUAUACUUGGAGAAGUUGCUCUCGAGCCAUCCCUUUGGUACAACGAAAUGACCAGGCCGAUAGAAAUGAAAUCCAUCGCAAUACCAUUCGUGUACUAGAUCCAGAAAUGAAGAAAUUAAUUGACUUUAUGAAAUUCCAAAAACAAGCCGUUGAUUUCUUUAAAGAUGAAAUCAGAAAAUUGGCCAAUAGUGAACGUAUUAAAGAGUUUGUAUCAGAGUCUUAUUUAUUGACUUUGGCCAAAGUGAUUAAUAUGUUUGCUGAUCUGGAUGCCUUAAAAAAUGGCAAAGCAUCGGUGAAAAACGACUUUGCAUUAUACAAAAGAGCGUGCACAAUCAUUAAACACGCCAUUAUUGAAGGCGGUGGUAUUAAAGAUGCGCAAGACUUCUCGCUCUUUUUAGCUUCUCAGGAUGCCAUCACGACUGGCCUCAAGAAACAAUUAGAGGAAAUUAAUGGUUUUGAAGAUGUCUUAGCAGAAGUAAUCAAUUUAUGUAUUAACUUCUAUGAAAACAAGAAAUACAUGACUCCUAAGGGAAAAUUCAUGCUAUUAAGGGUUAUGGGAUAUAGCCUAUACCUGAUCGAUGGCAAUAAAGCUAAUAUUCAUAAAUGGGAUCCAAAAAAGAAGAUACCACUGAAUUUAAACAAAAUUGAUCGCUUUUUCGUUCAAAGACCAGUUAUACCAGUAAGCGGUGAUAUGGCUAUUUCUUUGUCGUCAUAUAUUCGUAAAUGCCCUCAUUAUGACCCAACUAAAUGGUCAUGCACGAUGGAAAGUGUUGAAGACAAAGCUAGAUAUCAAUUUGAUCUAUCCGUUCGUGAAAUUCAUUAUGAUAGUAAACAACUACUACUUGAAUUAUCUCAAGUCAAGAAAGCUUCAGAAGGGGCAAAGAAAAUGGAUCGGGCAAGUGCUAUCGAACAUCAUAGGCAGUUAUUUCGGCACGCUUCUCGUGGAUUAACGUUGAUAUCCACAUGGACAACAUACAUAUUUGAACAGUACUCGUACAAAUUGCUACAUCCUACAAGUAGCACCAUUAACGGUAGUUGCCCAAAAGAUGCCGAAGAAUAUGAAAGGGCUACCAGAUAUAACUACUCUCCAGAGGAAAAAUUAGUCCUCAUUGAGCUUAUUGCUGCCAUCAAAAGCAUAGAAAAACGAUUAAAUGAAUUGGAACCAAUCCUAAUGGAAUCUAUCAGGCGAGUCAUACACAUGGAUAUCCAAACCUUGGUACAGCAGCAGUUGCGUCCAAUCAUACGUGUAGCCGUUAAAAAGAAAAAGACCGUCUUGAAAGACGUCCUUAUUUGUAUUCGCCGAACAUGUGCUGAUUGGUUGCAAGGAUCAGAACCAGAUGACCCUGCUCUUCGAGGAGAAAAAGAUCCCAAAAAUUAUACCGUAGAAGUUCCUUUACGAAGCUGCGGACCAUCCAGUACACAGUUGUACCUGGUUCGAACUUUCCUAGAGUCAAUUAUUUCCGAAAAGGGUGGUAUGAGCCGAAAGCCAAUGCGUAAGGACUUAGAUCCCGGCACAAUAUCGCUAAUUGAAGAAUUUUUGAGUCGCUCAUUCUCUUAUAAUCAUCUAUUGAAUUACGGUGAGGUUAUGCGAGAAUGUUGCGAUCUUUCACAGUUAUGGUACAGGGAAUUCUUCUUAGAGAUGACAAUGGGCAAGAGAAUACAAUUCCCAAUAGAAAUGUCCAUGCCAUGGAUACUAAUUAGCUAUAUUUUGGAGUCCAAAGAGCCUUCACUUGUCGAAUUUAUACUUUAUCCGUUGGAUUUAUAUAAUGACAGCGCCAAUUUUGCCCUGUACAGAUUUCGACGCCAACAUCUAUUCGAUGAAAUUGAGGCAGAGGUGAAUUUAUGUUUCGAUCAACUGGUUUACAAUAUAAGCGAUCAUAUUUACAGUUAUUACAAAACUGUUGCAGGAAGUAUGAUAUUAGAUAAGCGGUUUCGCAGUGAAGCUCCAUCUGCAUCACAACUACGUCCCGCACCAAGUAAUCGAUACAAGAGUAUUUUACAGCAGAAGCAUGUUCAGCUUUUAGGCAGAAAUAUUGAUAUGAAUAGACUCAUAACUCAAAGGAUAAAUUCCGCAGUCCAAAAAUCAUUAGAUAUAGCCAUCAAUAGAUUUGAAAGCAAAGCCAUUUGCGGAAUAAUAGAACUUGAAACACUGAUCAAUGUUAAUAAACAAGCACAUAAAAUGAUGUCGGAAUUUCUAUCGCUCACAUCAUUUGAUCUUAUGCUACAAGAGGCAGACCAUUCAAUUUCGUCACCUUAUGGACGGAUAACCUUGCACGCUUACUCUGAAUUGUAUUAUGAUGUUAUACCCAACUAUUGUUAUAACUCCACAACGAAUAGAUUUGUUAGAACAAAAUUCACUUUCGUGGAUGAAGUAGAAAGAGAACCGGCGUCAAGGUGUCAGCAUCAUCAGCUAUUCGGUACCAAGGCCCUAAAUGCUGCUUAUUCAGCUAUAUUUUCCUUGUACGAUGGUUAUAUUGGAAUGCCUCAUUUUGCCUCUAUUGUACGCCUUGUACGCCAUAGAGGCAUCACAGAAGUUAUUAGUGAUCUAUUAAAGCUUGUAGUAAACUCUUUACAUAGUGCAACAAUGGAAUAUUGUCGGGUUUUAAUGAAUGGGUUGCCAAAGAAAUGUCAUCUGCCACGAUUUGAUUACGGUUCGGCAGGAGUUCUUGAUUACUAUCACGCGCAGUUGAAGGAUAUUUUACAAUAUCGUGAAUUAAAGAUGGACGUAUUUCAACAAUUUAGAGAAAUAGGCAAUUCGGUCGUAUUUUGUAUGAUGAUUGAUCAGGCGCUGCAACUAGAGAAUAUAGCGGUUGGUAUUCAGUCAGCUCCCUUUUUAGGAAGAAUACCGACGCCUUUUUUGAAAGAAGGAGAAAAGAAGCAGAAGAAGGUGCAAUCAAUUCGCGAGCGUAAUAUUCCAUUUUUUGUGGAUUCACUUAUGAAGCAGCUUGGAAGCAAAUCACAAUUAAAAAGCGUAAAAGAUAGCUUAUCUUUCUUGUCUGAGCAAAUACGAAGUAGUAAAGUUUCACUUACCGAAGCUUUCCUAGUUGAAAUGAAAAAUAAUUUGGAUGAUCAAAUUUGGGUUGGUCCACCUCCUGAAAAUGGAGUUAUACACAUCGAAGAGUGCAAUCAAUUUCAUCGAGUGUGGAGUGCUAUUCAGUUUGUCAUUUGUUUACCACUGCGAGAAAAUGAACUCACUGUCGAGGAAACUUUUGGUGAUGGUUUAACUUGGGCAGGAUGCACAUUGAUUGCUCUAUUGGAACAAAGCAAUCGUUUUCGAGCUUUAGAUUUCUGUUAUCACAUAUCGAGGGUGCAUCAAAUUGAUAGAAAGGAUGCAGAUGUAGCUGGGGUGCCGUUGCGGAGGUUAGUGGAAAGAAUUAAUGCCUUUUGGAAACUGAACGAUCAAGUAUUCACAGUAAUAUCACGAUACUGCAAGACUUCUGAAAGCGAAGUUAGAACAUUUGACCCCCCAACAGUUGAUCAAGAUGAUUGGUAG